AUGCAGGGGGGUGGCGAGCCGUGUUUAUGGGACAAGAACAAGAAAAGCGCCCCCGCUGGUGGUGGUCCAGAAGUUUGGUCGAACGCCACCUCUUCGCCGUGGGCACGGGGAAGACGUCCAUGCACACGCAGGGAGGCGGCGGCCGGGGAGGAGGGAGUCCAAUCGCCGCAUGGCCCGUUGGUGCCCACGGCACAGAAUUGGUCCAUACAUGCCUAUCGAAGGGCGGGACAAGCCCCGAAUAUUUUCAUGUUCUGGCCUCCUUGGCGGCUAAGCUUUGGUCCCGAAAUAACAUGGGAUGACCCCGUGGUCGGGUCCGACACGGAUCUCCAGUCCGGGGACGCCGAUCGCGUCAACGGGCUUCAUAUCGAACUGAGCUGGAGAUGA